AGAAAUUUGCAGCAAACACGCAUUUUUUCUUUCCCGUGAAAAAGUUAAAAACUGCGUGGAAAGAAAGUCAAAUGCAACAAACAAUGUGAUUUUGAGCACCAAGAUGUGUAGGUUUUUGUUUGAAAUUCGUUUUUGAUCGCAAAAUUGUAUUUUUUCGCAUUUUUAACGGAACUUACAGAACUGUCAGCGAGUUUUCAGUGCAAGGAAAAAGUCAAACAUGGCCGAACAAAAAAGAAGCGUCACCGGAAAGCCGAGCACAAGAGACCUCAAAGGCUCAAAAAAGAGUAUGAUAGUUGGCAUGUCUAUGGAACAUGAAGCUGGUUCCAAAGCUGACAAACUCAGGCGAAGGAAAAGUGUCGCCUCGCAAUUUGCUCAUCCGAUGACGGGAGAAACCCUUAAAGAAAGACAGGUAAAAAGCUACAGAAUUUAGAGGAAGCCAUUCAGAUGAAUUUAAAGGACCGCGCUUUUAAUUUAUGGUUGCUUUCUUGUGACUAACUGGUAUUUUCAUGGUCUCUUUUUGCAUCGUUUCUCUCAGGGUAUGUUCUUUGUGAUGCUGAUUCGGUUUUUUUCUUUUUUCAUUACAGCAAAGAGCGAAAGAAAACCGCGAAGCUCGAAAAAGGAUGAUGACAGACGAGUAUAGGUUUAUUUUGGGAAUUGUUGGCGGCUACCUAGAUCUUGAAGUCUCUGCCAUUGAAGAAUUCAUUGUUGAUUCUGAAGAGGUAUUUGAAUUCUUAUAACUUUAUGCACUGGAAUAAUUUUUAUUGACAAGAAAACCACGCGAAGCGCUGUAAACGUCGGCUUGUGGAUAAACGUGUACUCAGACGAGAAACAAACAGUGAAAAAGACAAAAUGGCAGAGUUGUUAGGGCGAAAUAAAGCUUUUAAGGUUUUGAAUUAUAACAAACAACAUACAGACAAACAAAGGAAAAACAAAGACAGUAAAAAUAUUGCAAACGUUUGAAAUGUGAUCGACAAACUUUUUAUCACCAGAUUCCACAGUUCAUUUUGGUUUCAUACUACAUGCAGAUUUGUUUUCUUAAUAGUAGUUUCGUGUUUGUUCCAAAUGCCCCUCCCUAAAUUUCAAAUCUUCAGCAUGUCUUCUUAACCCCUUCCCUCUCCCUAAGUCUUGGUAGCGCUUAUAAUGAAAGGUGGUAGCCUUCCUGGUGACUGGGAGUUUUCAGACAAAUGCUACAACUGAAAAAGGCCUUCACCUACUCAAAGCAGUAUUUUGAGUUGAUAUAUAUCUUUUCCAGGCGGUGUACAUGAUAGAUAGUUUCCUUAAACCAAAAGGAAGACGAUCACUUUUGUUCUUUUAUCAGGAAUUGGAUCUUGAUGGAAGUUGUAAGUAUUAUGAUAAGCUCCACAAAGAAAAAAUAGCUAGUAUAGAUAAAUAUAAAAAAAGAAUGUUAUAUAUUUACAAACCAUACCUUGGAAUUCUAGAGAUAGAAAAUAUGACAUUUUAGUAAAAUCCAACUAGUGGUCUAUUAUCAAUGCUGCAUUCUGAUUGGUUGAGCUACUACUAGGCUAUAUGUUAUAGCCUAUAUGUUAUAGCCCACUAGUAGCGAAAAGCGCCAGCUUUUUGGCGGCAAAAAAGGAUUAAAGUCUAGCUUUAAGCAGCGAAGAAUUUUUUUAUUCUUGAUUUUUUUUACCAACUUGUUGGAUUUUACUAGAACAAUUAUUCCUCUUGCCCUCAUGGCCUCUGAGUCAAUAGCCCAUUCGGUCGUCGGCCUUAUGGGUUAUUGAUUCAGAGCCCAUUCGGGCUCGAGGAAUAAUUGUUAAGUACUCUCAAUAAUGGUUGAAUAGGAGAAAGAUACCUUGACAUGAAAAGUAUCUUGUCUAAAAAAAAAAAAUUAUUAUACACCCAAGUGGAUGUAGAGCCUGACCCAUUGAGAGACAGUGAAGAGCAAUCAAUAUCUUGGGUAAGGAAGCAACCCCAGGAAAUGACAAAGAGACAUACCUAUGUCCAAAAAGUGUCUUUCGUUUUGCUCUGAUACAAAUUGUGGUCACACCUACAGGCCUGGUCAAGACAUCUUGGGACACUAUGCUAAUUUAAAUUGCAAUUUCAUCCCUAUGAAAGCUUGGGAAUGUUGUUAGAGCCAAUUUCUACUGACCCCCUCUCCUCCAAGCAAAGUUGAUUGUGAUGAGAAAGACUUGGAUGCACAACAUCAACCCUUCACCAGAGGGGAAGAGGGUAGGGAAAAUGUGUCAUUUUGACGAGCUAUUAUGUCACUGUCCCUAGAAUUUGUGAUUGCUGACAUAUUUUACUCACCCCAACAACUCGUCCCAAGACAGUAUAAGCUAAUAUUAGAAUAGAUACUUAUGAUAAGUCUGCUAAUAUACUGUUCCCUUUUCAUUGUUUGAAGACACUGAAGUAAGAGCUCGUUCAGUGCUACAUGCUCCCAAGUCUGGAAACACCUGUGUUCUUCUAGUUACAGAUGGAUUAGAAGAGGGACUGACAGGAACUCUAGUGUAUUGUGUGAAAGCUGAUGCUACCAAAGACAUUAAAAUGAGGAUAAUCGCUGAUGUAUGUUACUUUGCAAGGUUUAACCAUAUAAGUUCAAAAAUUGAUCCUUAUCAAUUUUCUCCAAACAAUAUUAAUACAUGAUCAAAAAAUGGUUAUGAGAAUUAAUAAAAUAAUUACCUACAUGAAAAUGAUUUGUUUUUCUAACAAAUUCUUGCAACUGAUAUUCAUUAAGGAAAUGUAUGGAGAGCACUUAAAGGAAUUUUGAAAAGGGUUGAUUUCCUUUUCGUGAUUGAUUAUCCAGGGUGAAAGAAAGCCAGUUUUACAGCCUGCCAUUCAGGCAAGCUGUAGCUAGCAUGAACUAGCCCACAAGUCAUUUCAACCAGCCCCAAAACCCUUUUUGAUUAGCAGGAUUGAUUGCAAUCCUUAUGUAAUAUGGAUUUUCCCAAAAAACAUAAAACAAAAAACAUUGCAUAUGAUAUGUGUGUUUUUCUUUCUUGUUGACUAAUAUUCAGGAAGUAUCCUUUGGCAUUAUCAAUGUUGCGGAAGCUGGAUCGCUUAUUCCAGCUCUUAAGGCUCAUCUCACAAAGAUCUACUUACCAGCUAUUAAUGCAAUGUCCAACUGGGGAGAACUAACUGGGACUCCACAAGGAAUUCAUGCCCAAAAGGAGUUUGUUGAAUCUUUAGACAACUUUGUGCAUUUUAUAGAUGGUAAGACAGUUUUGAUUCUGGAUUAGAACUGUUUUGAUCAUGAAAGACCCUGACAAAAUUGCACUGUUAUGGGUAAUAACAGUUAUGUUAUAUAAUGUUAAUAUUAUGUUAACAGCUAUUUAAAUGUUAUGGUAGAGUAGAUCAAGGUAAAAGGUAUACCGUAAAUAUAGUUUAAAAAAUUAACUAGGAAAGUCCACAGCACGCACUAACUGCCCUGCAGCCAGUUUUCUUUAAAUCUAACAUCAGAGGUGACUGUCAAUAUUAAAAUACGGAGUUUGAGUUUGACUGGGCUGAACAUUAGAUGUUUGUUGAAUUUUUUUUUCCUCAGUUUGUUUUCAGUCAUGCUAAUGUGUGAUAACAAGAUUAAAGCAAACAAAAAUAAUUAAGGUUAAAUCUAAACACAACAGCUAUGCUUGAAGUAUCAUACUUACCAAAAUUAAGUGAUUAAUUGCCAUGUAUUCAUUUCAGCCAUUGUGUUUUUUCGUAGGAGCGCAUGCAUCAGUGAAUGAAGCAAUAAAGUUACACCCUUGUAAAGUGAUUGACGUCAGUUCCCUUGAGGGGCCAGCUGAUUAUCAAGCGCUAGCAAACAAUCAGGAAACACUCUCUUUACUGGACGAGCUUGUGCACUCUUGGUGUAAACAGAUUGAAAAAGUGAGUUCUUUCACGAUGUAAAUGAAAUUUCACUCCUUUCGUCUCUUGCCUGCUCGGUAUUCACAUUGUUUGCGCCCAAGGCAAAUCACUUAGUGAACCAUGUUUGUUAACAACUGACUCGUCACUCUAGUGUUGCUGCGUUAGGGAAGUUUUCAAUUACUUUUUGGUUAAAGGGGUGAUGGCUUGACAUUAAUAACUACGUUGUCGUAGCGUUAUAAGGUCGGUCUGUGAGGUAUAAACCUUCGACAAGUCUGCAUUUACUUAGUAGGAAUUUCUUGGGUUAGAGAAAAGCACUUAUAGCUUUGGGAAGACAUAUCAGAGUUGGGGAUUAUCUAUUCUGGAGUAGUACAUGUACAUGUGGGUCAGACCGCGCUGUGAUAAUGUGAUUAUAAUAGAGACGCAGUAGGGAAUUUACGUUGCCAAAACGUAUCAAUUGGAACAGAGGAAGAGAGAGAGUGUGAGAGAGAGUAAUAUAACUGUUACUGUGUACAGACUGUGCUCAUCUUUAUUCUUGGCUUAGCAUGCAAGUGGAAGAAAUAAUGUCAAUAGUAUUUGCACUUUCUGUCUUGUUGCCCAUAGGUGCUGGCCCAGAGCGAACAGAUGAGGAAGGAAGCAGAUGAUACAGGACCCAUGGCAGAACUGGAACACUGGAAAAUGAGAAUGGCAAAAUUCAGCUCACUAGUGGAGCAAAUUAACCAUCAAGACUGUAGAGCAGUUUUACGAAUUCUGCAUAUUGCUAAGUCAAAAACACUUAAGGUGACUUUGUUGAUAAGAUGGUCUCUUCCUUUAAAUACAUCGAUCGUGUGCCUUCAUGAUUUUAUCGCUAUACUCAUGUCAUCUGUGACAAUUACUUGUUAAAUACUGGUUUUCUAAACCGACUCUUCGUUUUAACAAAUUUACUUUAGUGGGUACUUGAAGUGAUCUUAGAGAAGUUAAAUACGAGCUACGUGGUGAAGGCUGAUUAAAUGUAACAAUGUUACGAUUUUAACUGCAUUACGCGUUUUUUUUCAAGACCUUUUUUUAAACUAGUUAUGUAAGGUGAUGUCUAAUUUGCCUAAAAAAGCUGUUUAUGUUUUAUAGUUUUGGCGUGAGUUGGAUUGCCGAAUAACAGAUGCUGCCAAUGAAGCNUUGAAGUGAUCUUAGAGAAGUUAAAUACGAGCUACGUGGUGAAGGCUGAUUAAAUGUAACAAUGUUACGAUUUUAACUGCAUUACGCGUUUUUUUUCAAGACCUUUUUUUAAACUAGUUAUGUAAGGUGAUGUCUAAUUUGCCUAAAAAAGCUGUUUAUGUUUUAUAGUUUUGGCGUGAGUUGGAUUGCCGAAUAACAGAUGCUGCCAAUGAAGCAAAAGACAAUGUGAAGUUUCUUUACACACUGGAGAAAGCUUGUGACCCUCUCUAUCACUCAGACCCGGUAUGAACAACCAAUAUAUUUGCUCAAAACAGCGCCCUUUCUUGAAUAAGCGCCGUGCUUAGGAGGAAAAGUACUAAUAAGCACUGCACCCUACUGGCAAAAAUACACCUCUUGUUGAAUUUCAUUUUUUGGCAUUCUCUGUUUCUGGUAUAAGAAGGGGCCUUCCUCUCUUGCUCGAACAGAACUGGUGCUUUACUUUAAUCCCCAAACAAUGUAGUAUUUGCUCCCAGAUAGAACACUCUCUCGCAUUCGUGUUUAUGAACACUUCGUCUACUGCUGUGAUCAUUCAUCUUGAAUGCAAGGUCGAAGAAUGUUAAUGUAUUGGCUAAUAAAUGAAAAUGAGUGAUACGUCAACUUGUGUAGGAUCUUUAUUAACUGUUGGUCUGCUUGUCUUCUCAGGUUUCUAUGACAGAUGUCAUUCCUGUGCUGAUCAAUGCUAUACAGAUGAUACAUACCAUUUCUAGAUACUACAAUACUUCGCAAAGGAUGACGUCUCUUUUCAUCAAGGCAAGCUACUUGUUUGACAAUUUUUAGUAGGCUCUUUAGUAGGCGUAGGCGCUACUUUAAAGUUUCUCGCGUUUAUUCCAUCUCGUUCAAUGCGUUGGCAAAUUUUUCUAGUGUUGAAUACUGAAGGACUGUAUCGAAAUUCAGAAGAAGAGAACGUGAAAUUAAGGAUUUUUACAUCGUGGCCGUGCAGUAACGGCAACUGAAGAAAUUUACACAAAAGGGUGAUGCAUGUACAGAGUUGUUGUUUUGCUAAAAUGGAGCUUGAGCAAGAACGAUCGCGACGGCUACGAAAACGUCAGUUCAAAAGUGUUUUCGCGCUGCUGCAAACUUUAUCGCGCGUAUUCCAUCACGUUCAAAUUCGUCAAAUGCUGGCGAAUUUUUGUGGAGUUGAAUUCUAAAGGAAUUUUAUCAAAGUUCAGAAAGAGAAAAAGAGGGUCGUUUUGUGUUCCCGUCCUCCACAAAACGUGAAAUAAGGCAGUUUCACGUCGUUGUCGUGCAACGAAGGCAAAGAAAGGUACAAAAAGGGAUAUGCACGUGCAAAGUUGUUGUUUUGCUACACUAAAACUAUUGCUGAUUUGCCGUUCUCGUUGCCGUCGCCGUUGCCGUUCGGCUUAAGCUCCCUAAAAACUAUUAGUGACCUUUAGAUUCAAGGACGAGAACGACUACCAGUACGAUUUUUUUGUUUUUUCGUGUAUUCUCAAAAUAGACACUCCCCGGAAAGCUUCAUUUUACCAUUUUUCACUAGAAAAGUUAGCGCUGUUACCUUUAGUGAAGGAGGUUACGCGCUCUGCCGAUCGCAAAAUGAUGAAACUUCCAACAUCUGAUAACGCGUUUUCCCCACUUCGACGUUAUCGCUAAAACUCGUGGUAGAGUGAGGACGGCUACCACAUUUUCCCGCCAAAAUGACCUUGGUUCACGCGCGCGCACUACUUAGCACUGAGAAAAUCUCGUACUCGUUGUCGUACUCGUCUUAGUAUUGGUUUUUUGCCGUUCGUGUCCUUGUGAAGUCUGCCUAUUGUAACUGAAGACUGCACCUUUAUUUCAGGUGACUAAUCAAAUGGUGACUGCAUGUAAGAAUUACCUAACCGACCGUGGUGUGAACCGAGUCUGGGACCAGCCUAGACAGCCCCUGAUAGAGAAGCUUAAAGCCUGCUUGAAGUUGAACCAGGAAUAUCAGAAAUGCUUUCAGCGAACCAAGAAGCGCAUUGCAGAGGACCCCAGCAAGAAACCUUUUGAGUUCUCAGAGAUGUACAUCUUUGGCAAAUUCGACACGUUUUGCAAACGUUUAAGCCAGGUAUGAAUCAUACUGUAUAAUGCGCCCUUAAUGUUUUUUUUUCCAUUUCUUUUAAUGGUUAUUCAGCGUAAACUGUGCUCUUAGUCUUGUUGCAUUUUAUGUAUAAUUUUCUAUUGUUAACUUAUUUGCGACUGUUUGCUUGUGGACGACAAAAACGAUUUAAGCACACGAGAAGGAUGUAAUUAAAACACUAAUGCCCGGGGCCGGGAAGGUCAAAGCAGGGUUAAGAUAACCCAGGGUCAGUGCAAAAUUUCAAUUAAGAUAUGAAAGCUUUAAAAGCAAAUCCAGUUUUAUUAUUUUUGUCACAACUUGAUAAUGUAAUGCUCUAAAAAGAAUGGAGAAAAUUCUCCGGUAAAAUGCUUUUGAACAAAAGAAAAAGAAACCCGGGUUUAAAUUUAACCCUGGGUUAGCGCUAAUCGGCCCAGAUUUGGGCCCAGGUCGAACUUCGAUCUUCAAAUUUCACAUCUGACAAACCUAACGCCGGUAAACAAAAGCGAUUGUUCUGGCUCAUUAACAUUACGUUCAUCACAUGAAAAAAAUACAAAUGCAAUUACCUACUAUUAUCUUCGGCCCCUAUGUAGUAACCUUUAAUUUGUCCUUUUUGCUUGUUGUUGUAGAUCAUAGAAGUAAUAAAUGUGCUGGAAACGUUCUCUGUUUUGUCGGAAUCAAAGAUAGAAGGGAUUGAAACAAUCUCGAAUAGAUUCCAUCACAUGUACUCGGCGCUAAAGAAAAAGCCAUACGAUCCUUUGGACCACAGAAAAACCGAUUUUGAGGCAGAUUUCUUCGAGUUCAGACGCCAGAUUAGUGAAAUCCAGGUUUGUCCUGUGCUUGCAUAUUUUGUAUGAUUUGUUUAUUUGAGCCACAGGUCACCCAUACCAAUCAUUAUACUCUUCCUGAAUCAGACAGUCUAUCAGUGAAUGUUGUUCGUUAGCAUUUUGCCAGUUUUCUUACCCCUCAACCCUGUUCGGACCCAUAUACUUCUUGGUUCCAUUUCAUCAUUCCUAUGAAGUUUCAUUUUCAAAACCGUGAAUAUGAGUCUUAGUAGGUUGUCAACUUUUUCAAUAAAACCACUGUUGAAACAGAAAUUUUAGCGUGUGUAUAUCCGUCGAGGUUAAAAGCACUCUACUAAGUUCCUAAAAAGGUUGAAUACAAAAAGGGACAAAUUCAAACUUGACACACUUUUUGCACUAGACCAUUGUUUUUAUCCUGCGCUUUCCAGCUGUCUUGUUGUUUAAAUUGUUUGUAUUAUUUUUGUAUAGAAUCACUUGAAAAUGUUUAUGAACGGCUGUUUUGAAAAAAUUGCCACCACUUCUCAGUCUUUGGAGCUGUUAGGCAGGUGCGUAUACUUGUGGCUUACAUCGUCCUUUAACGCUCGAUAGUAAGAAUCAACUUAGAGUAGAAAUAGUUAUACUGAUGUGGCCUGUCAUGCAGGCGUUUUCUGGGUGGCAAUUAAGUACCAGCGCUUGCGAAGAUUGUGAUGGUGCAAGGGGAUAUGAAUGGUAGGGGAAGACAGGCCUCACCCCAUUUCGCCCCUUCAGUCGUACGCCCGUUACUUCUCUAUUUGUAUUUUAAUAUCCAAGAGUAACAAUCAACCUUCCUAAAAAAUACCGGUAAAGCCUGUCAUACGGUCGGUUUCUGGGUAGUGAGUACCAGAUAUCGCUCAGGCCGCAGUUGUUCAAAAGCCGGAUAGCGCUAACCACCGGAUAAAUCACUAUCCAGUGUAUAAAUAUUAUAGGGAAACCAAUUGCGCUAUCCAGUGGAUACAGACUUGGAUAGCGCUAUCCAUUUUUGAACAACUGGGACUAGGUUGCGAUGAAAAAAUCAUAUGAAGCAAAGAGAAGUUAGGGGGCGGGGGAGACAGGCCUCAACCCAUUUCCAUUGCUUCUUCAGCCCUACACUGCUUCGCUAUUUACCCUUUACUACUCAACAAAAACAAUUAACUUACUAGAAAUACCGGCGUAGCCUGCAGUUCAUACGUCGUUUGGGUGGUGAGUACCAAACUUCACUAAGGUUGUGGUGGAGGUGUCUGAUGCUACAAGGGAAGUACACUUUCAGUACAAUAUUGAAAAAUAGUCACCACUGACAAAAUGUGACGCAUAUUUUUUUGCAAUAAUUAUCACCUUAUGAGCAAGGACAUGAAACAAUGCGGAGCUUCUUCCACGUCCUAUAAGCCCUAAGACUCUUGUCACAAUAAACACGACGUGUAACCUUAAUACAAAGGCUUUGACGCUAUACUGUCUCGCUGUCGUGCUACUUAGAUUUGAAAAGCUUGGAAUACCCAGUCUGAAGCCAUACGUUGAAGAGAGGUAUGCGUACCUUCUCCAACACUUCGGCAGGGAAGUGGAAGUCAUAUCCAAGGUUAGUCUGGUUGAAAUAAAGUCAUUUUAACUGAGCUAGUAAAAUAAUGAGAACGUAAUUAUAAAUGAGUAGAUAGAAUUGGCACAAGACAAUUUUACUGGAUGAACCGACAUGAAUACUACCCCUCCCCUAAGACAAAAUUUGCCAUGGUGACUUAAGGGAGGGAUAGGUGGGCAGUUUCCUUGAAACCUAAAUUGAUUAAACUUAAUCAAAAAAUUGCUUUUAACUGUUUAUUCUAAACAUUUUUAAAUUAAGUUUCUUUGUGGAUCCCGCAGGGUACUUUGGUUAGGAUCCCUAAGAUGAACUGAUCCGUUUUGGUUACGUGUAGGCGAACAUGUUUUCCAUGCAGCUUUAUAAAGGAGGACCAUGAUUUCCCAGAUGUGGUAUUGGUUUCGUCGUUCUACCCGGUAGCCUCGCCGUUUUUCCGGAGUAGGGGGCGGCGGAGUGUGGUUAAUUUACCCCGUACAUGGAAGCCGUGUAUUUUAACAUCUCAAUGUUUUGUUUUCUUCCAGUUGUAUCAAAAGAACUGUGAAAAUCCCCCGGUGCACCGGGACGUUCCCCCUAUCUCUGGCCGCAUUGCUUGGGCCCGUCAACUCAUGAGACGAAUACGUAAUCCCAUGGACAUAUUUCAAAAGCAUCCAUCUUGCUUAAAAACUCCGGAGGCGGCCAAAAUUAUCCGCACCUUCAACCAGCUGGCCACUGUUCUAGUGGAGUUUGAGAUUCUUUAUCACAACGGCUGGCUGAAGCAGGUGGAAGUGGCCAAGACAGGUAUGAUUGCUAGCAGGGUCCGCGUUCAUUUUUACCCUGCUAACAGAGGUCUCUCACGGCAAGAGAAAAGGGAGAGGAAAGAUAGACCUCUGCCGGCCUCCGAUUUGUUUUGUAUCACGCAUGUAUUAGCGUUUCCGCAACAACCAGUAACGUUUUAGUCACUUGCAACACAACUCACAGACCUGGUGUGCGCGAAUAACAACUAUGAGCUCAGAAAUUUCAAGCCCGCAGUUUUAACAGGGCGCGCGCAUUCCACAUUAAACGAAACCGGUUUGGAAAACCAGUAAGUCUUUGCCUCAUUUCUAUCGUUUUUCUCUUCUUGUGAGAGACCUCUGUUAGCUGUUAGUUUUUGAGAACGCAAAUGACGUCACAAUGACCUUUGGCCGUAUGUAACUUUCGCAAACUUUCUGGCUGUCAGAGGGCAUGGUCAAAGAUACCAAUGAAAAACAUGAGAAAUUCAAACAACAGGCAUAUAAAGUACGUAAAAACGUAAAAAAAGAACCUUGGAGUGAAAUUUCACUUUCAGGCAUUUUUUUAAGUACCAGCGUAAAUUUGUCGCCCAGUAGACAGUGUGAUUCAUGGUACGUUUGGCUUUUGUUAGGGCUGCAAGCUUCAUUGCUGGUUCGACACCCAGAUACCGGUGAACUGUUUGUAAACUGCGAUCCUCAGCUGAUCCAGCUGAUCCGUGAGACAGAGGGGAUGAUGAAAAUGGACCUGCCAAUACCAGAGACAGCUCGACUGCUGUACCUAAGAAGGAAUGUUAUCAGGGGUUUAGCAGAUGAGCUUAAGGUAUACUGGACAUUUCAUGCCCGAUCUGAUUACUAUUAAGCUAUUUCCGUCGAUACUGUACAAGGCCAUCUUCACCUCUUGGAGUGGCAGUGUGGAAAUUCCACGGCCAUAAUUUCCGUGUCAAGUAGUUGUAAAAAUAACGCCAACUAAUAUGGAUAAAAAAGAGAUUCAACUGAACCUCUCUCGCAACCACGUGACAAGGCAAAAAUCAAAACAAAUACAUCGCUCUUUGAAGUGCGCCGAAAUAACAGUCCCCUGUACUAACUAUUACUGAACAAACAACUUCCUCUAGGGUAAACUAAAGGAUUCUGAAUGACUCAACCACAUUUGUAGGGGAUAUUUAUUGAACUGUCAAAUUUAUCUCUUAAUUAAUGUUAUAUGCUCUCACUUAGAGAUUUUCCCCUUUUUAGAUUGCAUCUCUGCAUUCAUAGUUUUUGUUGUAGGGUUCAUUCCUGGACGAAUCUCUUUUUCCAAGAGUGGUACCUUACCACGGUAAAUGAUAGUCUUUUCAUCGCCAAAACUGAAAAAACGUUUACCCCUGACAUGUUUUCUAAUCUAGUCAACUCACGAACAAAUUAUGGUGACUUGUUCGAAAGUGAGAAACAAGUGUUAAUGUUGGCUUUGAGUAGGGGUAGGUGGGCAGCUCCCCAGAAACGUGUAAUGAUCCACUUGUUGUGUCAACCUACAGCUGAUGCUUGAAGAUGUCAAGAAAGUCAGAGCAAAGAUUCCAAACAUAUUUCUUCCUUUGAUGGGACCUCACGUGCAACGAGUAGGUUUAGAUUAUGUUCAAGUGAUAUGUAAUUCUUCACUUAAAGGUGAUGUUACACCGGACGAUUCGCAACAACGAUUUUUAGCGCAAGACAUGGUUGCAAUGCUGGAGCAAUGUUGUAACCAUUCGAAACAAUGUCGCAACAAUGUUGCGACGCUGUGUUGCGCUUAAAAUCGUCGUUGCAAAUCGUCUCGUGUAACAUCGCCUUUAGAGAUCGGCGCGGCGCAGCUUUGCUCCGUUAGAGAAAUCGCGUCGAAGCCAGUGUCUUUAUGUGCGAACAGAAGCCGUAUCCGGUAUGGUUUUCGUGCCGUCGUAAAAGCCAUCCGGUAUAGUGAUCAUAGCCUUAGAAAGUGAAUUCACAGUUUCAAAAUUCGUACAGGUAAUGGCAUGAUUUGUAGUGAUACUUGGCAUAAAUACCACGAGUGAUAUUUCGGAAUUGUUAUACGUAAUUUCACGAGCCGUUAGUCGAGUGAAAUUUGAGACAAUUUUGAAAUAUCACAAGUGGUAUUUAUGCCAAAUAUCACGUACAAAUCAUGCUAUUAUUCGUUUAUACUACUACCCACACAAGGUUUGUAAUUUUCACAUGUAGGUAUUUAAAAUUAAGCUGAAAUAUCACUGCUCUAAGCCAAUCAAAUUGCAGAAAUUUCUGAUGUAGUAGUAUAAAUCGCUGUUAUUCCAUGUCGUUCAAUUUGUAAAAUGUUGGUAAAUUUGUCGAGGGUUGAAUUCUAAAGGCCUGUUGAAAGCAAGAAAAAGAGGAUCGUUUUCUUGUAUUCACGCCCGCCACAAAACGUGAAAUUAGGCAGUUUCACGUUGUGGUCGUCGACGUGCAGUGAUGGUAAAGAAAUGUGCAACAAAGCGUGACACGAAGGAAUUUAACCCCAUACCUAUUUUUAAAUAGUUAUCUCAAGAGGUAAAAAUCAAUGCGGAAGUAUCGAGCAUUGUAAAUAGUUCCGCUAUCCGUUAUUUUCUAGGUUGAGAGUGCUAUCAGUCCCGGAGUAACCAUGCUAAAUUGGAAUUCUCUUAACAUACCCUCUUACAUCGCCAAUGUGUACAGCCGUUUGCGGCAAGUGGACCUACUGGUAAAACAAGUUAAUGACAUUCGAGAUGCCCGAAUUGAUGCUGUGCUUCGUGAGAUCAGUGAGACUGUUCUUUGUGAAUUGCCCAAAGAUGAUUCUUGGACUAUUGAUGAAUUUGUUACCAGAACACAGGUAAGCCCAUCACAGUUUAACCUUUUGUUAAAGAGGCUCGCUUCUAAGGUAUCAACUAACUGAGAGACUGUGGUAGAGAGAUCCUGAGUCGUGAGAAAAGUUUGUUGAACUAUCAGCUGUUUUGUCCGUAAGUAGUAGCUCGAUAGUCAGUGAGGUUGACUGUAUUCGUUUAUUUACACGUUAUGUUAGAGACCUGUAGAUUCUAAGACGAGGGCGACUAAGAGAACGAUAUUUUUCCAGUACUAACGUAAGACUCAUGCCCGAACCAGCGUCAUUUUGGCGGGAAAACGCGAUAGCCAUCGUUAUUCUACUACGAGUUUUAACGAGAAUAUCGAAGUGGUGAAAACAAGUUAUCAAACAAGUUGUUGUCGUAGCCAACAGUUACCAGCACCGUACAAACGACUUAUUGACGAGAUCAAGCAAAACUAACUACGAGAGAAUGACAAUUUGACUAACAAUAGACGACUGUUUAACUGUGGCAAUAGACGGAUCGAAACGCACCAAUUACUGAUUACGAGUCUUCAUAGCCAAUAACAUCACGGCUUAACUGACAGACGACCAAUAAAAUCACGACGUAAUUGACCAAUCAAAUCAAUAACCAGAGUAUAAUACCAUCAACUGACGUGAUACAACUCACUUUGACUCUGAAGAUGAAGUCACUGUCACUGUCAACAACAACAGUCCUAUUCAGGACUACCUUCACCCGGACGAUCAAACUCAACCUACUUUUGAAGUUGUCAAAUGUUAGGAAUUUUAUGAUAAACCGAUAGGGAGAGGGUUUUACCUCCUUCAACAGAAAUAAGCGUACUAACUUUUGUGGUGAAAAAAAAAAAGGACAAUUUAGCUUUUCGGUGUGCCUAUUUUUAGAGAAUAGGCGAGAAAACAUAAAAUUAAAUGUGGUCAUCGUAGUCGUUCUCAUACUCGAAUCUAAAGGUCUCUACUUUGUCGCUAUGCUGUAGAAACGCUGUGAACCUCUUGGCAAGGCCCUGGACCACAUGAGUCUAUGCGUGGAAGAAGCCGUGCAUGAACUAGCGAGUAUCUUCCUUGAUAGUUUGGAAAGUAUUGGUGUGUCUGCCCUGGGACCUCGAUCUCCGCCUGCUAAGCCUACUGAUAAGGAUAAAGACCGUAAAAUGGAGAGCAACCGCGGAGAGAAGGACAGCAAAGAACAGAGGGCAAAGACGCCCAAAUUACCGGACGAGAAAAGUAUAAACGAAGAAAUCGAUGAGCUGAUUUUGUACUUCAAUCACCGUAAUUUCGAAGCUCUUCUGCGGGCUACAAGAAAUGCAUUGGAUGGAAUGAAGAGAAGAUUGUUUUGUAUCAGGUGCUUUUCCUUUUGCUUGUUCGUCUGUUAUUUACCCUUCUGCAGGCCCGGUUCCUCGAAAGAUGGUUAAGUUUAACCUAAGAUUAAGCCAAAUUUCUAGCACGGUUUUCUUGUCUAAGAACAAGUAACUCAUUCUUACAAAAUACUAUUGACAUAAUGUUACACUAAGCAAUGCACUGGAAAGUAAAUACAAAAAGUGAAGCAAAGGUUUAAUCCUGAAUGCAGCAACCGGGCCCUGCACUCAAACUGGGGACUUUCAAAUUAGACAGUUAGUGAGGGAUUGUGGUCCAGUAGUACUGUUUAAAUAGGCCAUUUCCGAGUUGUCUCAAAGUGAGGCUGAGCGCAAAGCCAUUCUCGUGCAAGUAAAACUUAUUUUCACAAGAAAGGGUGUGUUCUUAGCUUCUGUUUGAAAGUGAGAGUUUUUGGAACUCGGUAAUGGCUCAUUCAUUUUGCGUACUAAUUUUUGUGUUUACGUCCUCUUUCCCUGCUUUGUUUCUACUCUCUAUGUGUUUUACUCGCUUUUGAGCAACUGGGGUCAGAAUUACAACAAAGCUGAAAAUAGUGACAAGAUUUUUGCGAUUGUUUUAUUUUAUUCAGCACAACGCGGUCAACCUACGGCAAGAGAGCCUUUUCUUCAUCCGCUGGAUUAUCAAAUACUUACAACAAAGCUCCAUUCUUCAAGGCCGAGAUAACUCUUGUCAUUCCUCAUGUGGUAAGAAUGUUUGAUUAACAAAAGCGAGGUUGACAACAGCAGUUUGGUUAUGACAGCGAGCUCAAGCAACGAGAACACUGACGUCCUUGACGUCAUGAAGAGCAACCGGAAGUUUGAUGUCUCGCGUGAUGGAUCGCUUCUGUCUCACACAAUGAAUAUGAAUGUCUUUGUUUUAACGACCGCUGUACGAAUUUGCCGAGUCAGAGAACUGAAAAACAGAAAAUAUCAACUUCCGGUUGCCAUUUUUGACGUCCGGGACGUCAACGUUACUGUCGAUGGAGGUCCCUAUUUAGCACUGAUAGAUUUUCUCUUACUUGUUUCAAGAUUACUCCAUUGUGAGGAACUAAUAAGGAAUAAUAAGUGAUGUAAAAUGCCAGCUUUGGCUUAGCUUUAGCUUUGGCUAACAGCUGCAGAUUUUGCAUCCGUUCCAAGCACAAGAAGGUCAGGUCAAUAACAAAAAGGAAACCAUACAGCUCAGAUGUAGAGGGGAGAAAAACAGGAAACUUUAUCUCAUAGUUGGCACGGAGAGGAAUACAUAUAUAUAAAAAAGGUGUUUGGUUGGUCUAAACGCAGGCUUGAGUAUUUCCAAACCCAUGAUUUAUACAUGUCAGGCGCCGUUUGUUCAAAAGAUGAAUAGCGUUAUCCACUAGAUAGAUCACUAUCCAGCGGAUAGGUAUUUGCGAAACCAACUGUGUUUAAUCCAUUGGAUAGAGAUUUAUCUGGUGGAUAGCGAUAUGCACCUUUUGAAGUGGAGGGGGUAGGAAGAAAGAAAUACAUCACACUUUUUGCCAGAUUAAAGGGAGGACCAUUACAAUUACAACUUCAUAAAAAAGGAAUGUAACAUUGGAGUAAAGAUGGCAUGAUAGUGUGAUAUGAUUUGUCGGUCAAGCACUUGUUCGUUCUUCAUUGUUGACAAGCUGUGUUUUAACGUUUGUACGCAGGUCAUCCAUCCUUCUCUGGACGAUAUUCAGCAGGCUCUAAACAAAGCUACUCAGUCAGUCUUAGAUGUUAACCGGUCUGUGGCUCAGUGGGGACAGAAAAGGUUCAAAAUGAUGGAAAUCACUUCCAACGGAGAAGCGUCUCCUGGGCACAUCAAGAGAACAGUGCGAGCUACCGACUCGAGUGAGUUAAUUGACCUCCCACUGUAUUUGCUAAAACUUCUACACCGUUUUAGAGGGUUUAAGACUAUCUAUAACGUAAGUGUAAGCUUUCGAAGAAACUUUACACUUCCCAAGAAAAGGUGAAGUAAUUUUCACUUAAGUUUGCGUUAUCUUUAAUUGGCCUCUAGUUCUCAGUUACUUGUGUUAAAUAUCUUCAUGAUCGUGUAGUGAUGUUUUAAAAUUUACCCUUUCGGUCAUGAUGACAAUAUAUUUGUUGAAGUUGAUGAUGGUGGUUGUGGUGGUGGUGGUGAUGAUGAUGAUGAUGAAGAUAACGAUGAUGGUUGUGGUGGUAGUGGUGCCUGUGUUGAUGCUGACAAUGGCAACAACGUCAACAACGAUGGUGUUAGUGACGAUUAUGAUGCUGAUGCUGGUGCUAACGAUGAAGACAGUGAUGCUGCUGAUAAUAAUGGCAAUAAUGAUGAUAAUGUUGAUGUUGAGGAAUGAUCAAUAUGUCACGAGUGUGGGUGCUGUCUUGUUGCCGAAUCGAGUUCGUAACCUCAAGGGACAUUCGAAGAUUAAUCUAGAAGGAUCUAGAUUUCAAUCCCUCAUGGGGACUUAUCCUCUUUUCCCUGAUCCGUGCUUGUUGGGUACUGAUAUUUUCAUCUUUUCCUUAACGUAUACUGAUUUCUUGAUUUUCCCCAGAGGAAGAGAUUCUACCCAGCAAACUUAAGAACUACUACAAGAGUGUUGCCGAACACAAGGACAUCACCAAGCUUCUGAUGGUACUGACCUCAGUGAUCAGCUCUACCAAGGCGGAGGUCAUGACCUGUCUCGACUCCUUCACACAGUUUCACUCUGUCUGGGACGAAGACAAGGAGAAAGCCGUCGCUGUUAGUACAUUGCUACAAAAACAUUACUCGUUUAAAGGGGCUGUCUUGUUUAUUUCGUUAAUAAUGACAGUUACGGGUUCUCAUUCGCUAUGGGACUUGAGAAAUUAUUUUAAAUGACAAAAUCACAUCUUCGUGUCAAACAAAGAUGUCUUUCAAGCAUGAUUUUUAUUGAAGAAGGUUAAGGCGCCUCAUUUAUGACUUGUUUCCGCCAUUUUCGCUAAAACCCUUAGUAGAAUGAUGACCCCAAACCCUUUUUCCCACCAAAAUGACGCUCUUUUACGCACGCGCACUACUUAGUAUUGAGAAAAUCUCGUUCUCGUAGUCUUCCUCAUCUUAAGGUGUAGAAAAACGGGCACCAAAAAUAAGCAAAUUGUCUUGCAACAUUGCUGCAAAACGGGUUGAAUUCUGAUGUUGCACGUUUUACCACCCACAUUAAACCUGUAUGUCUUGCAACAAAUCAGUUUGUUAGAAGAUUUCAUAAGUGUUAAAACGCGCAACAUCGUUUUUCAACUCGUUCUUCAGCAAUGUUGCAAAACAAGUUGCAUGCUUUUGUUGCCCGUUUUACCGAAGCUGUAGAAUCUAACGGUCCCUAUUAUGACGUCACGAGUUUGUGCUGCAAACCUUUCUUCCAACCACGUGAUUUAAAAGGCAGCGUAAGAGUGAAAUACGGGAGAAAAUUGGUCGGUAAUUUUUUCAUUGUUAGUCACACUGGUUUUCAACUUUUUCGAUAGGAUUUUGUGGCUUCUGAUCCAAUCUUGUCAGAAUUCAAGGCCGAGAUCCUGAAAUACCAGAACUUAGAACAAGAGAUUGAAAACAUUGAGCCAACCUUCCGAGUGGGCCAUGGAGCCAUUGAAAUGUACUCAGGUAAAUAACAACAACAACAACAACCACAACAAUGUAGGGAGCUUAAGCAACGACGACGGCGACGGCGACGGCGACGGCUACGAAAACGUCACUGAAAAAGCGAACUCGUGCAGCUUCAAACUUUAUCGCGCUUAUUACAUCUCGUUCAAUUUGUCAAAUGUCAAAUUUUUUUUAGUUUAAUUCUAAAGGACUGUGUCAAAGUUCAGGAAAAGAAGAAGAAAGUUGUUGUCGUGUGUUCCCCGUCCUCAACAAAACGUGAAAUUAGGCGCUUUCACGUUGAAGUUGUGCAACGACGGCAAAGAAAUGUACAAAAAAGCGUGAUGCACGUGCAAAGUUGUAGUUUUGCCAAUCUAAACCUAUUGCUUUUUUUGCCCUCCUCGUUGCCGUCACCGUCUCCCUGAUAGAAACUUUUUACCGAUACGGCGGCCAUAUUUAAUUAAUUCGAUUUAAGGAGUAUUAUAGGAUGCCCAGGGGGCAUGAGCACAUUUCGUGUCUAUUUUCGAGUGCUUUUCGGGCAUUUGUUCUUAAAGUUUUCUUAGAAUGAGAUUCUAAUGGGAAAAAAGAUCCUUGUGCCGUGUUUGGAUGUAAUAAUGAUCGCCUUUUUCCCGAGAAAUAUACAGUGAAAGACCAUAUUUCUAACACUAAACUAGAAAAAGGCGAUCAUUAUUACAUCCAAACACGGCACAAGGAUCUUUUUUCCCAUUAGAAUCUUAUUCUAGGAAAACUUUAAGAAAAAUGUCCCGAAAAUAGCAACGAAAUGUGCUCAUGCCCCCUGGGCAUCCUAUAAUACUCCUUAGAUCGAAUUAAUUCAAUAUGGCCGUCGUAUUGGUAAAAAGGUCUAUCAGGGAGUUUUAGCAACGGCGGCGGCAACGAAAUCGUCAAAACAGCAAUAGGUUUAUUAAGCAAAACAACAAGUUUGCUUGUGCAUCACGCUUUUUUGUACAUUUCUUUGCAGUUACUGCACGACUAAGACGUGAAAAUGCCUAAUUUCACGUUUUAUGGAGGACGUAAAUAAGCGAUGACGAAAUUUUCUUUCUCUUUCUAAACCUGAGUGCGGUCCCAGGAAAUCAACUCCAGGGAUAUUUGCCAACAUUAGACAUUUUCAGCGAAUUCGGGAAUUGGAAUAAACGCGACAAAGUUUGAAAAAACGCAAUUUCUUUUUAAAAGUGACGUUUUCGCUGCCGUCGCCGUCGUCGAUGCUAAAACUCCCUAUUAAGCCAAUCGAGACGGGAAAAAACAUUGGACAAAAAUGAAAUGCUAAAUGCGUCUUGUAACAGGAAUGGAACUUAUCUGUUAGAUGACAACAUGUAUAGGGCACAGACUAUGAAUCAUGGUUCCUGUAAAUAUGGUAAUGUAGUAACUCUUCUUUAGCGGAAUACUUAAGGUGCGUUCUUCGAAACGUUUCGGCUCCCUUAAAUCCUACACCAACUACAGAACGUUUUAGGAUUAACCUUCCACAAUGUAAGCACGAUUACUGACAAUACACAUAACUAUGGAAAGCAACACAAAAUAAAUGUAAUCCGUCACAAUACAAACUAGGUGAAACUUGUAGGGGCACGCACAAGGAAAAAGAAACACAUUUGUUUGGUGACAGUCUCAAACCAAACUAACAGUUGUUAUAGUUCAUAAUGCCACUUAACUUUGAUGAUGGUAUUUCCUUCUUAUUUUUCGUGGUGUGUUUGUCUUUGGUCGCGAGAAGACAAUUCCUAGUUUAAGAUCACAAGUAACGACAACCAAGACAGUCAGACACUGUUUUUACUCCGAUAGUUAUCCAGAUAAUGUCCCUUUUACAGAGCCUUUUAAACUUGCCUUACGAGUUGAAAUCAAGGCAUGGAAGCUUUUAUUUGGUCACAGCAUAAACGAAAAGUACAAAAGGAGCAUGGACGAGAUCACACAGUUUGUGAAUGAUAACAGUAAGCGACUUGGCCGGCAGAUCAAUGACUUGGAAGAUGUGAGAAACGCCAUGGCUGCUCUGGAAGAUAUUAGACAGAACGAAAUUAGGAUCGACAUGAUUCUUGAACCUAUAGAGGUACGCUUCCCAAAGAUACUGUGCUUAGUUAUGUAAUUAUCUUUUUAGCCCGCGUGGCGGGCGUUCAAAAGUGUAGGGAAAGGGAAUAAUUUUGACUGUCCUGUAAAUCUUCUGGUUUUAAAUGAAUGAGAAAGAACUUGCAAAUGAUGAAAAUGUAGACCGUAAAAAAAAGAACGAAGAAAAGGAACGAAAUGAUAGAAAUGAGAAAUAUUCACUUUUCAUUUCUUAUUAUAAUCACUAUGGCACUAUUGUUAACAAAAUGUGUCUUGUUAUGUCUUGAAAUUACAACUUAUCGUUGUAUCGAUUAAACGAAACGUUAGGGACAUUCCCAAGGAUUUAACUCAAACGGGAAACGGAGCACGGCGAAAAUGGACACAAAACAUGGAAAAAAAAACAAAGAAUAGAUCAUGGUUUACUGUUAAGUAAGGUUUUGUUCCCAGUUUGCAUCUCUUUCCAAAUGCUUGUUUCCAGAUAUAUAUAAACUCUUCCGUAUUUGUGGUAGCGGCUGCUCGGAACAGAAUUCACAAAUGGUGCCUAACCCUGACCCCAAACAAUAUUGAAACAAUUGAAAGAAUGACAUGUUACUGUUUUCAGCGACCAAUCAGGACAGACUUUACGAGUAGCUCCUACACAAUUUGUAUUUGUACCGUCCCAGCUGACUGGUGAACGCCACAAAAUGCUCGACAGUACUUAUUGUUUUCCCUAUUGUUGUCAUUGUUUAUUUUUACGUUAACAGGAGGCAUACGCGAUGCUCAACAGGUUCGAGGUGUCAGUGGCUCGUGAAGAAGUAGAUGGUGUCGACACCCUCCGAUACUCGUUUGAAAAACUCCUUUCACAGGCGGUGAGUAAGCGCGGAGUUCUUUAAUUGUAAAUAUCAUAAUUAUAUUGUUGUUGCGAUUACUGUUGGUGUAGUUCUCUUACAAUAUUUUACCGUUCCAAGUGCAAUGCAUUAGGGAAACCAAAAGAGUGGAAUAAGAUGUUGGGAAUUGAUAGGGGCAAAUAGAAGUUGAUAUUUACUUUUAUUACCAGAAAAAACUCUAACAUCGAUAGUAGAGAGAUUAAGAUUCACGUUUACCGCAAACGGCGAAGGUCAGACUCAAGUUGAGAAUUUUGCAGAUUAGAAAAUAAGCAGAUAAAAACAGUCCCGUCCAUUUGCUUAAACUUAAUAAUGUAGUAUGACGCCGGCUCCUCUUUUUCGAGAUCUGAUUGGCCCAUCCAAUUAUGUUUCCAUGUGAUUUUGGCUCUGGUUUUAUUUUAGAGUCAAGUACAGAGUCACCUAGUAAAGAUUCAACCCAAGUUUAAAGCUGACUUACUUGAGAGAGUGGUGGUCUUCCAUGAAGACUCAACAAACUUCAUAUCUGACUAUGACGAGGUAAACUCUACAGCUCUGGGAAGAUCAUAUCAUCAUUAUUUCACUGAAGGGUGGCAUUAUGUAGUCUACGAUUUGAUUGUCACACGGAAGUCCAUAUGGGAAAUCUCUUUAACUGAAAGAUUCUGAGCGUUUAGGAAUAAAACCUAGCGCAUAGUAAUUCUCAAACUCUUAUGCUAUUUAUAAUACUAAGCUGAUUUCGCAACAGAACGGGAACGUCUGUUGACGACUGCGCGCGCAAAUCAAACAACUGGAUUGAUCAAUGGCAAUAAGCGGAAAAUUGGGUACCAGAAGUCGAGUUUAGUCCUUUCCGCGCGCUUACCCGUCGUCAAAUGACGUUCCCGUCCUGUUGCUAAAUCAACCUACUAGUGGUAUCACCACAACUUUUGUGUCCAUUCGAAGACAAUGAAGCUACUGAGUCGUGCCAUACACAGCUAUAUACAUGUGAUUUACGUUACUUGUUUCAAAACAAGUUUGCCUUGGGCUUGUAAGACCCACAACUGACGUACACAAAUUUUGUUGCAAAAAGUAUAACCAUUCUCUACUUUCAGCAACGACUUUUCGCAACUUGCAACAACCUAAUUUGAUGCGAAACAGGUUUGAUUCGUGGGUGGUAAAACGCGCAACAUCACUUUUCAGCUCGUUUUGAACAAUGUAUUGUAAAACAAGUUGCGCGUUUUUGGUGCCCGUUUUGUCACCGUAGCUUGAGACUCGUAGAUACCUGUUAGCUAAAGUACUAGUUGGCGAUUUCAAAAGAUUUUAUUGUUUCAGGUCGGUCCUAUGGUCGAAGGCAUCACUCCGCAGGAAGCUAGUGACAGGCUCAAUACAUUUCAGGUGAAAAUCUAGAUUUAUAAACAUUUCUUUUGAAGGAAAGAAUCAAUAUAAAUAAAUAAAUAAUAAUAAAUAAGAAAGGGCAGACUUUGGAGUAAAGUUGUGUAGUAUCAAAAUCUUAUUGAGAGUUUUCCUCGUUUUUUUAGAGCCGUUUUGACGAACUUUGGCGAAAGUUCAUCACCUACUCUGGCGGUGAGCAGUUGUUUGGUCUCCCUGUGACUGAGUACCCUGAGCUUGCUCGCACCAAGAAAGAACUGGGGCUGCUUCAGAAACUGUAUGGGCUGUACAAUGCUGUUAUUGAUGGUGUUAACGGCUAUUAUGAUAUCCUGUGGACUGAAGUGGAUAUUGAGAAGAUUAACAACGAGCUAAUCGACUUUCAAAACAGGUGUCAGUUUAGUCAUCACUAGGUUAUUUUGAUGCCCAUUCCCAAGUUAUUUUAAUCUUCUUCAACUAAGCGAG